AGAACAUGAGUGUCACACAAUCCUUAGAAGAGAGCUUUACUAUACUCAAUAAAAAUAAUGAAAAUUGUGAUACUCCUCUAAUAAGUUAAAAAAGAAUAAAUUGGAAAGUAGAGAUGAGGAAGAUGGUUUUGACAAAACUGCCCAUUAAAAAGCCUGUCCCUAGACUUUAAGAUUCUACUAAAUCCAAAAACAUACCAAAAAAUAUUUCUAAAGUGAUCACACAGCAAAUUUUAAAAGGAUACUAUAAUGAUCUCAUUUCAUGUAAUCCUAAAACAUUCUUCUCAUUCAUAAAGAAAAAUAAUAAUAUAUAGAACCUCACAACUUUGAUCAAAUUGAUGAAACCUCAUAAAAAUCAAGAAAUGAAUUCUCUACAUCAAUGUUUUCGAAAAAUAUGGUAUUAAUUUCUUUAAAAUUUAAAGUUGGUAUUUUGUCAAGAAGCAAUAUGUCUCCUAUGUAUUUAAUUCAAAGAUAAAAGAUCCAUAAUGGCAUCUCUAAUUCAGAAACGCCCUCAUGAAUAUUUGUAAGGAAAUAUGA